AUGCUUGAAGAGGCCGUGCGAAGAGGAACAGCCAAAGAUGCCAUCGACUACCUUUCAUGGCUCCUCUUACCAGCAAAUACCACAUACAACGCACCGGCCGAUGACCAGAGUGAACGAACAAACCUCUCAACAGAAGUCCCCCUGCGUUGUCUGCUGGUUGGGAAGUACGAAUCCUCCUGGCACUCUCUGAUACCCGACGUGCAACGUUAUAUCAACCUCAAUCCCACGACUUGGCCGGCUAGCAGAGGUUUCUGCUCACUGAAAGAGCGACACCCGGAUGGCUCUUUGAGCCGAUCGACAACCGGCCACCACGGCGGGCCAGGUGGAAGCCCCGGGUCCUGCUGCCGCCAAGUCUGCUCCGGGUUCUGCAUCUUCGAACCCGAAGCCGACCAAUUGUGCCUCUCGAAUGAAGGCGUCUGA